UCCGAGCAGAGGGUCGAGCUGCUGGCAGCCAGCUCUCGAAGCACUGCAGCAGCGCCGAGGACUUUUCUUCUCUUCUGCAGGUGGGAGCCCGCUCAACGCCUGGGCAGCUACAGGAAGCCCCAACACCCAAAGCCAAGAUGUCCAGCAAGAGAGCCAAGGCCAAGACCACCAAGAAGAGGCCCCAGAGGGCUACGUCCAAUGUCUUCGCCAUGUUUGACCAGUCCCAGAUCCAGGAGUUUAAAGAGGCCUUCAACAUGAUUGAUCAGAACCGUGACGGUUUCAUUGACAAGGAGGACCUGCACGACAUGCUGGCCUCUCUGGGAAAGAACCCCACAGACGAGUACCUGGAAGGCAUGAUGAACGAGGCGCCAGGGCCCAUCAACUUCACCAUGUUCCUCACUAUGUUUGGGGAGAAGCUGAAUGGCACAGACCCCGAGGAUGUGAUCCGCAACGCCUUUGCCUGCUUUGAUGAGGAAGCCUCAGGGUUCAUCCACGAGGACCACCUGCGGGAGCUGCUCACCACCAUGGGCGACCGAUUCACGGAUGAGGAGGUGGACGAGAUGUACCGCGAGGCGCCCAUUGAUAAGAAAGGCAACUUCAACUACGUGGAGUUCACUCGCAUCCUCAAGCAUGGCGCCAAGGACAAGGACGACUAGGCUGUUCUCAGCUGCCCCAAUGCCUAGACCCCAUCCCAGUCACCUCCCCAACACAUACACUCUACCCUCCCCAUGAGGAGUUAGGAUCCCAGCUCCCGGAGCAGGAACAGACCCACAGGGUGAGGUGGGUGUUCCACAAUGGGCCCAGGCACUAGAAGGGAUCUCUGACCCUACAAGGAAGGAUCACAGUGGGGAGGUGAGCCAAGGGUGGGGCCAGCAAGCACCAAGGUGAAGCCACCGAAGAUGGCCACCCUCAGCCAUGCCCUCCCAUUCUCGGGCUGCCCUGAGGAGGAAAGCGCCCAUGUUCUGGUGUUGGACACUAAUUCCCAGCAUCCCCACAAAGGUACACACGCAUUCACCAUGUCCCUUCAGAGGAUGACAAUCUGCACUUGGAGUUGUCCCAGCACACCCAGAAUGCAUAGAGAGAAGCUGCCUGAGGGACAUGUCUCUAAUACAAGGCUGAGCACCGCC